AUGGGCAACAUCUGCGGCAAGACCGAAGCGGAUCCCUUUGAUCAACCUGGCCGUGUCUUAGGUUCUGCUCCACCCCCAGGACCGACGACUGCCCCCGUUCCGAAGAAGGUUGGAGGGCCCCCGCGAGUGUUGGGUGGCUCAUCGACCGCUGAAGCAUCGGGAAGCCAAGAAGAUGCGCGGCGCAAGGCCUCCGAGGCAGCCCUAGCUCGAGCCAAAGCCUCGUCUGCGGGCGGAGGCAAGCUCCAAUCGCAGUUGACCUCGCAGCAAAAAAAGAGCCAGUUAGAGCAUCUGAACGAUGCUAGUAAGACAAGGAGGGGCGAAAACCAAAGCACGCAGGACACCGAGAUCCAGAGGUGGGACUGA